CGGCUGCAGCCCGCCCUGGCACACGGGCUGGCCCUGGGCACCGCCGUCGCCGUCCUGGGGGACAUCAGCGGAGGCCACUUCAACCCCGCCGUGUCCCUGGGCGUGUGGUUGGUGGGGGGGCUGAACAUGACGAUGCUCAUCCCUUACUGGCUCUCCCAGCUCUGUGGAGGGGUGAUAGGAGCUGGCCUGGUAAAGGCUCAUCCCACCGGGAGAGCAGUGCCUGGCCCGUUAUCCCAGGAGACAUUAGGAGCCUUUGCNGUCACGGUCGACAUCCUGGCAGGGGGCGGCGUGUCCGGAGCCUGCAUGAACCCUGCCCGAGCCUUCGGACCAGCUCUGGUGGCAAACUACUGGGACUACCACUGGGUUUACUGGGUAGGGCCCAUGGUCGCUGCCCUCCUGGUCGCUGUGCUGGUGAGGCUCCUGAUGGGUGACCGGAGCACACGCCUGCUCCUGUGGUGA